UCUGGCACGUGAACGGUGCGUAGAUGAUGACGUCAGACCCGGAAAAUAUCGCGUUAGUCGCAUCCCUUUCUAGCCGGUGUAAUUUUGCAUUUCUCAGUUUCGAUCAGUCUUUUUGAAGUGUGUCAAAGACAAGACGAGUACAAACGCAGACAUGGACGGUGACACAGAUAACCAGGUAGAGAUGGAGGAGAAGAGCAGACUUAUAAACCAGGUCCUUGAGCUGCAGAAUACACUUGAGGACCUCUCAUCUCGUGUGGAUGCAGUAAAAGAGGAAAAUCUAAAGUUAAAAUCUGAGAAUCAAGUUCUCGGUCAAUAUAUUGAGAAUUUGAUGUCAGCGUCGAGUGUGUUUCAGACAACUGACCCCAAGAGCAAACGAAAGUAAGAGAGCGCAUCUCCAUCCAUAACCCCAGACAGACCAACUAACUAACUAACUAACCCUCGUCAUAUAUCUGUGACCUUUACGUUUCUAUGGGAUUCAUUUGAUCUAUGACAUUAAAAUGGUAAAUGUUUACAUGCUUUAUAUUAUCAGUAUUUGUUUGAUUUCAUUUCUCAAUGUCUUUGUAUAAUGUUAAAUAUUAAAUCACCUUACUAAGAUGAUUGUCUUUAAAAUAUUUACGCUUUGACUAUAAAGAAUACUUUUCAUC